AUGGCUUCCACUACCGUCGCCCCGACUGUUGAUUUCAAAGGUAUUGCAAUCCACCUCGGCCGCUAUUGCUACUCCGUCAUCGCCUUCCUCCAGCUCCCCACAGACGUAGCAUGGAGGCGCACAGUUUCGGCAAUCCAAGCCGCCAACACGGCAACAUUCAUGGCGAUCAACCUCUAUGUUCAGUUGUGCAUCAACGUCGUGCGGCAAUUCAUCAACAACUCCUGGAACUCCAUCGUGUCAUCAGUACAGCAGGCCAGCACUACCGUCAUUGCCGUGGUUGAAUCUGUCAAGCUCACCGUCGGCCUCGGACUCGACUAUCUCUUCAGCGCUGCGACCAACGCCACGAAAGCCUUCAUCAGCCUUUUUGUCGACUACCUGCCUACCAUUGCUGUCGGCUUCUACUCCGAAAUGAGGAAGGAGGUCACGUUUCAACACAUGAAGACCAUGAACAUGGUCCUCUUAGCCUCGAGUCUCGUAUGGUUUUAUCUUCGAAGAUGUGUUGAGGUCGGCACCCCUGCUUUGCCCGCCAAAGACGGCCAGGUGACCAGUACUCGCAAGUGGAGGAGACGUUUUCAAGUUGUCCUUAGGGAGCUCGCCAGUCUCCUUGUCCUCAGUUCUGUCCUCUCCUACGCCGCAAUGCCAGAGUGGACCGCCGCCACCAUUGCCUCGUGGCUGUCUGCAGCGGCUGACCGACUGAGUUUUCUAUCAUCGAUAGUUAUGGAGAGAGUGAACCCCGUUUACGUCGCCGUGGUUGAAGGUACAAAUUAUCAUCUUGGCAAUCUCAUUGAGGAAUGUGUUUCUCGACUGCCACCAAUAUUGGAGAGAAUUGAACCGGUUUAUGGUGCCCUUGGUGGAGACAGUAUCAGGCUUCAGCUCAUCAAAUUCGCCGGGGACUGUUUUGAGCGACUCCCACCGCGACCAGACUGGCAUCCGUGGGUGGGUAUGUCUAGAGAUGUUGGAAUAGGGGUGUUGGCACCGAUUAUUCUCGGUGGCCACGGUCCUUCACCUUCUCCCAUUUGCGCAGCCAGCAACACCAGCUCAACGCUCAUCAAGAGUUCAGCUCCACCAACAAUACCGGAACCCGCCCUCUCCUAUCAGGGAGACGCUAUGGUGGUGUUGCCUUUUUUGAUGUAUGUUAUUGCGGCUUGGGAUUUAGUAAUGCUGGUGCGGCGACGACAAAGGAAAGGACAGGAUCGGGCAUGA